UACCUUGGAUCCGUCGAGUUCAAUUUUAACAAAAACAAACGAAUAUGAACUCAAAUUUCCCUGGUAAAAAUUGUUUUAUUUGCUGUAAGGAAACUGUAAAUUUUCAUAAAACGUCGGAUUCCGAACUGAAUAUAUGCCACAUAAUCUGUCAACAUUUUUGGUUCAAGGAAGAUGACCUGCAAACUGCUAUCGUCUGUGGAAUCUGUUGGGAAAAAGUGGAUCAGUUCCAUCAAUUCUACCGAGAUGUGCAGAAACUCCAUGAACAGCAGGAAGCAGCACCGCUAUCAGUUUUCAUCAAACAAGAGGAAAUCGAGAUUGAAGAGAAUCAACUUCAGGAAAAUUACAUAGACCUGCCUGUGCAUGAUCUACAACCGUUCGAUGUAGUGGACUGCAAGCUUGAAAUAGUGGAAAAAUGUACUGAACUCUUGAAGGAGGAAUCGACCCAGGAACCACAGAAGAAACGAAAGUACACGCGACGACCACCGGGUGAAAGGAUUGCGAAACGGAAAAAUCCCCAUUCGCGUAAACUGUUGACCCCCGAAGCACGGCAAGCGGAAGAUGAUUUCAUCAAACAACACACCUUCUACUUCUGCGAUGAAUGUAAUAUGGAAUUUGAAAACUUCCGAGCUAUCAAACGUCAUCGAAUACAAACGCAUAAUAAGGAUUCGGUUGUAUGCUGCGGAACUCAGCACAGGACCCGUGCUAUCCUUUAUCAGCACGUGCAAAAUGUGCUGAAUCCGGAAGCGUUCAAGUGUGAAAUUUGUAAUGGUACUUUCAAGUCUAAGAGCGGUUACUUUCGUCACAAGAAGGAGAAUCACACUGCCAAGAAGGAACCCGUAUUUAAAUGCCAUCGAUGUGAGAAAAGCUUCACCAAAGAAGUGAUACUAAGAAGUCACUUGAAGGGACAUGAAACACUGGACAACGAAACGGCUAAAUGUGAGCUCUGUGGCAAGUGCUUCAGUCAUAAAUUGUUCGUGAGGAAACACGUCAAAGCCGUUCACCAAAAGCCAACCGAUUUCAUAUGUGAGAUUUGUUCGAAAGGGUUCUACCGGCGGGGCAUGUUUCUGGCGCAUCGCAAAACGCAUGAGCUCACGGCGGAGCAGCUACGGAAGCAGUGUCCCGUUUGCAACAAGUGGAUGAAGAAUCAUACAUACUGGCUAAAGCAUGUACAGCGGCACAAAGAGGAGGGUAAAGAGUACAAAUGUGAGGUCUGCGGUCACGUGUCGAUCAAUUUGAUGGCCCUGAAGGUGCACAUGAGGUACAAGCACGCUCCGGAUAGGAAGCGACAUGUAUGUGAACUGUGCGGUAAGGAGUAUUCACGGGCAACUACUCUGCGGGAACAUGUCGCAAAUGCCCAUACUAGAGAGCCGCUGUACCAGUGUCCGUACUGCGAGAAAAAGUUCUUCUCCAAUGCCACUAUGUACACGCACCGGAAGAAGGAACACCCGCAGGAGUGGCUAGAGGAUCAUUUGGCCAAGUAUGCCACCUCCGACAGUAGGGAAGAUGGAUCAAGCGAAACGGUUUCUUGAAUG